AUGAUGUAUUCUUCUAAGUACUGGGUCAAUCUUUCUUUUUUACUGGCUCUAAGUCUCUCUCCUUUUGGCUCAGGAAUCGUCAGAGCAGACAAUCCGAUCAUCCAGACCGAUUUCACAGCAGAUCCGGCGCCGGUUGUCUACAAUGACCGCGUCUACCUCUUCACCAGCCAUGAUCAGGAUUCCGCAACCACUUGGUACAACAUGAAAGAUUGGCUGCUAUUCUCGUCAGCAGAUAUGGUCAAUUGGCAACAUCAUGGCUCACCAAUGAGCCUUGAAACCUUCUCCUGGGCUACCGUAGACGCGUGGGCAGGGCAGGUAGUUGAACGCAACGGCAAAUUCUACUACUACGUCCCCAUCAACCGCGGCCCUACCUGGGCGACCUUCGCCAUCGGAGUGGGUGUCAGCGACAAGAUCGAAGGGCCGUAUAAAGACGCUAUCGGCGGUCCGCUUCUAGCCAACGGCCAAUUCGACCCUACUGUCUACAUCGACGAUGAUGGCCAGGCGUAUCUUUAUUGGGGCAAUCCAGACUUAUACUACGUCAAACUGAACGAGGACAUGAUUUCCUACAGCGGUGACAUCGUCAAGGUACCCCUUACAACAGAUGGCUUCGGCGAUCGCGGUAACGGACAAACUAUGUACCAGGAGGGGCCUUGGUUCUACAAGCAAAAUGGCCUCUAUUACAUGGUCUACGCAGCCAAAUGUUGCCCUGAGAACAUCCAGUACUCGACUAGUCCAAGCCCGACUGGACCUUGGACCUACGGCGGUAUUGCUAUGGCUACUGGAGGAACGAGCGACACCAAUCACGUGGGAAUUGUAGAAUUCAAGGGCAAGCAGUACUUUUUCUACCACAACGACGCCCUUCCCGGUGGUCAAUCCUACAAGCGAUCUGUCUGCGUCGAGAGUUUCAGUUAUGGAGCGAAUGGAACCAUUCCGCAAAUUCCGAUGACAUCCGAAGGUGCAGCACAGAUUGGCUUCUUGGACCCUUUUGUCCGUCAAGAAGCCGAGACGAUCGCCUUUUCGGAAGGCGUUGAGGCUCAAAUCACUGCCUCUGGUGGCAUUGCCGUUGCAUUCAUCAACAGUGGUGAUUAUAUCAAGGUCAAGGGUGUUAACUUUGGCACUAGGGGCGCGAGCCAAUUUCGUGCCGCUGUCUCAUCUGCAACCAAUGGCGGCCGCAUUGAGUUGCGUCUUGACAGUCGCAGCGGACAAUUGAUUGGGACGUGUACCAUUGGGAAUACUGGGGGUUGGCAGACAUGGUCAACUAUCACAUGCCCUGUGAGAAAUGCGAUUGGCAAACAUGAUCUUUUCUUUGAUUACAUUGGUAACGGCACUGAGUAUCUGUUCAACGUCGAUUGGUGGCAAUUUUCGUAG